AUGCCGAAGAAAGGGAAGGUGAACAAACUCGCGCGCAUGUCCGACGAAGAACGAGCACGGUAUCUACAGCAUCGCGCCGAUAUAGAAGAGGAGGCGCGUAGACGCAAGCGUGACCUUAUCGCGCUUUUCAUCAAGAACAAACUCGACAAGGAGCAAGCGUACAGUCGUACGAACACCGCGAAAUUGAAUCAGGCAUGGCGGUACAUUCUCCGUCGCGUAAAAUGCAAGCAAAUGGCUCUAGAGAUACAGGGCGCCAUGAGCAGCUUCAACUUCAUGGUGGAGCGCAAGGAUCGGCUUCUGGCGUCGCUGUCGAGGGCAGUAGAAGACUCGGACGACCAGCAUCGCCGCGCUUUCCAGGCCCACACCGAGACCCUCGGCUAUUUCCUAAACAUAGGAUCGCAACGUCUCGACAAGCUGCAGACAGAAUAUGAGCACCAGAAGAACAGUCUUCUGGACAGUUGGGACAAAGAGGAAGGGGACAAAAUUGACAGCCAAGAGCAGGCGGAGACCAAACUGAUACUUAUCACGUACAUCCAAGACAGGGACUUCCAAGCCAAUAAAAAAGAGAGGGAACUGAAAAGAGCGACUGCUAAAAAUGAUGCUCGGCUAGAGCACGAAGAAGAGAUGAGAAGCCUCUGUCGACCAAAGAAGCUGCAAAUAGAGAUGUACUGGCACCAACUCCGAGACGUGUACAACUCUUACUUGGAGAGGUUCAACCCCAUCAUGAGCCACUACAAUAGCCUGAGAGAGAAGGAUGACUUCUGCCAGCGGGAUAUUGCUAGGAAUGAGAUACAAAUACAACAAGCGUCGGAGCUGAUCUUAACUUUGCAAAAGGAAUGGGUGAAGUCUACAAACACUAUGGCCGCGAAGCUGAAAAGAAUGUUGGCGCACAAGGAGGACUUAGCGAGAAAGUACUGGCAGAUGAAGAGAGACGCAAAGAUAGAACAGAGCAGGACGGAAGAAUACCUGGCAACGAUGGUGGAUGCCAGUCAAGACGCCACCAAACGCCUCGAAGAUGUAAAAGAGAAGUUGGAUAAAAUAACGCAGAUGGCGGAGAUAUGCCGCAAGUAUGAGGUCGAGGGAGACAACGAUGUGAUGCAAAGCGAGGGAGACGGGGAGAUGCUGGAGUUUGAGCACCUGGACGGCGCUAUGAUCACCGAAUACAAGGAAUACAGCAAGAUGGAUAAAUUUAUGCUAAAAAUGAACAAAGUGAAGGUACAGACCCUUUGCCUUCGAGCCGAGAAAAGCAAACUGGCCAGCGAGAACGUGCAGCUCAAGCAUUACAUAAAGAGGUUCCUAACUGACCUGGCCCUUAAGGGAACAAAGGCUAGGCCGCUUAGUGUAUCGCUGCCCUCGAAGACGCAGAAGACAGAUGCUGGGAAAGCCUUGAGCCGUCCAGUAACAUGUGUAGAAGGAGCCCUUUCGAACGCGGUCCUUCACGAGAAACGGAUGAAGUUGGAGGCCCGGAAACAGAAGGAGUGCGCCAUGCGGUCGUACCCCCGCGUCCAGUGCUGGAUAGACAAUGCUUAUUAA